AUGUAUAAGCGUCGCAAAACACAAGACUCUCCCAAAUCGAGUGAAUCACAACCACAGACUCUCUGUUCUUGCCAGGCUAUCGUCACCGAUAAUGAUAACGCUCUACAAUGUGAUGCAUGCGACACUUGGUUUCACAUUGGAUGUGUUAACGUUUCACCAAUGGCAUAUACGGCGUAUCAAACUCUAGCCGAACAACAACAGUUCUCUAACUGGUUUUGUCCAAAGUGUUUGAACGAUAAAAACGUCGAUCGUGUUCCACCUCGUUGCCUCCAAACGUUAUCCGAUCGAAUUGACAAGAUUGAACAUCAUUUAACAACUCUUACCAACAAACACGAUCAACUUGUUGACCGCCUGGAUGAAUUGAACGAAAACUUGGAACGUGAGAAGCGACGAAAAAACAUCAUCGUCAAGAAUUUGUCUCCCGUUGAGGGCACAAACGAUAAAGAUGUUGUCUUCCGUUUCGUUCAAAAUCAUCUUGGUGUCAAGAUUGAUCCGUCUUCUGUCGAUUCGGUGUGA